GUCCUUUUCUCUCGCCCUUCUCUUCGCGGCCCCCCGAUAGCGAAGAGGGCUUCGCCAAGAGCUCCUCCUCUCAUCUCCUCCGCUUCCUCCUCCCGUCGCAGAGCCGAUUGGGUUACCGCCGUGGUCGCACCACCGCCCAGAGAAGGAGGCCGUUAUUCGGCGAGGUAUGCAGACGGAUCAGACGGUCAUCAGCUUGAGGCCUGGCGGCGGCGGCAGCGGCAGCGGGAGCCGAGGCAGCAGAAUUUUCGGCACCCGGUUCGACUCUUCGGCCUCCGCCGGCGUCCCCAUCUCGCUCAAGACUGGAGACUCAAGAUUUGAAAGUCGUGAAUGCAUUCAUUACACUAAGGACCAACUUCUGCAACUUCGUGAGGGUGUGCAGACACCAGAGGACAUUCUGAAACUCAAACAGGAGAUUGAUGCAGAAUUGUUUCCCGAAAAUCAGACUUGGGGUCAUAGUGAUGCUAAUUUGGCAAGUCAAUCACAGAGUCGCUAUUUUGAACCAGAAAGUCGUGAUUGGCGUGGCCGUUCAGGACAAUCUACUUCAUUUGGAGACGAGAGAUCUUGGGAUACAAUUCGUGAGAACAAAGAAUCAAUGGACUCUGGACAUCAAGAAAUAAGGCAAUUGAAUAAGCAGGGCUCCCAGUUUUCUUCAAACACUCAAGUUUCUUCUAUUCAAGCGAUAGGACGUGCUCCUGCUCUAGUCAAGGCUGAAGCGCCAUGGUCUGCACGAAGAGGCAAUCUCAGUGAAAAUGAUCGGGUGCUAAAAACAGUAAAAGGUAUCUUGAACAAGCUGACACCAGAAAAAUUUGAUGUCCUCAAGGGACAACUAAUUGAUGCUGGAAUUACGACACCUGAUAUUCUAAAGGGUGUCAUUACUCUCAUUUUUGAGAAAGCUGUUUUUGAGCCAACAUUCUGUCCCAUGUAUGCUCAACUUUGUUCUGAUAUCAAUGAAAAACUUCCCUUAUUCCCCCCUGAAGAAGAAGGUGGGAAGGAGAUCACUUUCAAGCGUAUACUCUUAAAUAAUUGCCAGGAGGCAUUUGAAGGUGCUGACAGCCUGAGGGCUGAAUUGCGAAAGCUGACUGCACCAGACCAAGAAAUGGAACGUAGAGAUAAAGAGAGAAUGGUGAAACUUCGAACUCUUGGUAACAUUCACCUCAUUGGUGAGCUUUUGAAGCAAAAGAUGGUGCCAGAGAAAAUAGUUCAUCAUGUUGCUCAGGAGCUUCUGGGGCAUGAUGGCAAAACCUGUCCUGCCGAAGAAAAUGUUGAGGCAAUCUGCCAGUUGUUCAAUACCAUAGGGAAGCAGCUGGAUGCAAGCCCCAAGUCUCGUCACUUCAAUGAUGCCUAUUUCAAUCGACUAAAGGAGCUAGCUUCCAAUCCUCAACUUGCAUCACGCCUAAGAUUUAUGGUCCGUGAUGUGCUUGACCUACGUGCAAACAACUGGGUCCCCCGUCGUGAAGAGGUGAAGGCCAAGACCAUUAGUGAAAUUCAUACUGAGGCAGAAAAGAAUCUUGGUUUACGUCCUGGUGCAACUGCAAGCAUGAGAAAUAGCCGUGAUAUCAGUGCUUUAGGGGGUAUUAACACUACUGGAUUUCCUGUCAACAGACCUGGAAUUGGUGGUAUGAUGCCUGGGAUGCCUGGAAUGAGAAAAAUGCCUGGAAUGCCUGGAUUAGAUGGGGAUGACUGGGAAGUUCCACGGAGCAAAUCUAUGCCCAGGGGUGAUGCUAAUCGUGUCCGUAGUUCUCCUGUGGCCAAGUCAUCAUCCAUCAAUUCUAAGUUCUUACCUCAAGGCAGUGGUAACCUGAUUUCCGGUAAGACUAGUGCGUUGCUGCAGGGCAGUGGCCCACCAGCUCGUUCUUCUACUCUUGUUUCAGGCAUAUUAGAUUCUCCAUCUCCAAGCUCUGGGUCGCUGAGGCCUGUUGGUCAAGUGCCACCAGCUAUGAUUCCAGAGAGGUCAGUGGCAACAACAAAAUUUGAUCCUAUGGAGUUACAUAAGAAAACUGUUGCUCUUUUGGAGGAGUAUUUUCACAUUCGCAUUCUAGACGAAGCACUUCAAUGUGUAGAAGAACUGAAGAGUCCAGAAUACCAUCCGGAAGUUGUCAAGGAAGCCAUCAAUCUAGCUCUCGACAAGGGCCCUUCAUGUCUUGAACUCCUAAUGAAGCUUUUGGAGCAUUUGCUGAUUAAGAAAGUUUUUACUCCAAGGGAUUUGGGGACAGGUUGUCUGCUUUAUGGGGCUAUGCUGGACGAUGUUGCCAUUGAUUUGCCGAAAGCACCUGCAUUCUUUGGUGAAGUGGUUGGUAAACUAAUACUUGUCCAUGGUGUUGAUUUCAAGGUAGUGGAGGAAAUUCUCAAGAAGGUAGAAGAUGCCAAUUUCCAGUCAGCAAUAUUUGAUUGUGUCUUAAGAACUCUUCAAGCGAGUCCCGAUGGUCAGCCGCUAUCGAGUGAAUAUGCUGCAGAAAUCAAGGCUUGCAAGAAACUCAUACAUUUGAACUAGAUGAUUAGAGUUACUCCUUUGCAACUUAAAUGAUCGGAGCUUAAACAACGCUAAUAGUCUCUUUGCUUACAGGGUAAGAAUAUGCCUGAUGAUCCUUCACCCUUCCAUACUUUGCAUCAUUAGCAGUGUUUGCGUACUGGAAAUUGGUACAUCGAAUUUUGUACGAUGGCUUCCAGUAUAGGUUGUCAUCUUCUACAUGUUGUACCCCUAGUAAAUUCACUUGUCGAGUACCAUUUCUUUUGCCUUUCUCUUCCUUUCAAUAUGUUCCAUUUCUUUUGUAUGGGAUGUGGAACACGUUCAAAUUAAGUUUGUGAGUUGUACAAUUGUUGCGAUGCUAUCUGAACUUUAUUGAAGUUGGAAGGAACAAUUACUCCGGCCAUUAGGCAUGCAAGUUGAGAACAGUCUUAUGUGA